AUGUUCUUUGUUUCCCCGCGAAAGGAGAAACAACUGGGCGAUUUUGGCACGCAAUUGGGACAAAUGGAGAAAUUGCUGGUGACCGCUCGACCAGUUCGAAGAUCUACGGGAAGCAAGGACGACAUCAAUGGGUAUUUUUCGCAUGAUGAUGUGGUCGACGACGAAGUUGAACAGGAAGGGUCGGCCACAUCCACUACGUGUCUUGCUCCACUAUUCGCUGCCAGCGGUCAGGCGCAUGUCGCUGCUGUACGAAUCGCAGCUGUUGCCCCGUGA